AUGCGCUCCUUCCUUGGGAAAGGGAAACCACUACAAACAAGUCUGACAUUGCUACAAUUUAGGUUGCUUCGCUGGCUGUAUCUGUUCGUCACCCCCUCUUCUAUGGUUGACUACCUUGCUGUCCACGUAUUGACGACUUCAGUGAACUAUGCGGUUGGUGAAAAGCUUGGGCGACGUCGGACGAUAUGGAUCGCCAUGGCAUUUGUACUAGUAGGGGCGGCGUUACAGACGACAGCCUUCACCGUACCUUAUCUGAUUGUCGGUCGACUGGUCACGGGCUUCGGGACCGGCAUCAAGACGUCAACAGUGCCUAUGUACCAGGCUGAGCUUUGUGACCAACAUAAGCGAGGCCGUCUAGUCUCCGCGGAGGUCCUUUUCGUCGGCGUCGGCAUCGUCGUGGCCUAUUGGUUCGACUUUGGCAUGUCCUUUGUGGGCGGUUCAGUUGCCUGGAGGCUUCCAAUUGCAUUUCAGAUGAUCUUCGCGCUCGUGGUCGCUGUCCUUGUGCUGGGACUCCCGGAGUCUCCACGCUGGCUCUAUAAGCACGGCAAGUCUUCGGAGGCGAUGGAGGUCCUCUGCAGAGUGUACGACAAGGAGCCUACGGACGAAUACAUCCUCGCCGAGCGAGACGCUAUUCUCGGUGCCAUUCAGCUGGAGUCGGGCGAGGAUACGUCCCGCAGCCUGUUAAGUGUCUUCCAGAAUGACCCCGUCAAGACCCGACAUCGUGUGCUUCUGGCUUGGUGGGUACAAUUUAUGAACCAGGCCGGCGGCAUCAAUCUGGUGGUCUAUUAUGCCCCUUCCAUGCUUGUUCAAAAUGUUGGCCUGUCGGCAAGACUUGCCCAAAUCCUGGGUGGCUGCAUCAACAUGAUGUUCAUGUUCGGCUCGAUCGUGCCUUCAUUUUUCCUCGACCGCAUGGGUCGGCGGAAGACGAUGAUAGCAGGUUGUGCGGGACUUAGCCUGUGCAUGAUGAUGAUCUCGGCUCUGUUGUCACAAGCUAAAACAUCCAACGGACACUCUUACUCCUCCGCUGCUGUGACGUUCUUCUUUCUCUACAUGCUAAUUUUCGGCAUGAGCGUGAACUGUGUGCCCUGGGUCUAUGUUCCAGAGAUAUUGCCUCUGGCCGCCCGCACUCGCGGUACCGCGAUCGGUAUCAGUUCGAACUGGUUAUGGAAUUUCACGGUCGUCAUGAUUACACCCGUCAUCAUCAACCGCCUACACUGGAAGGCAUAUCUGAUUUUCAUGGUUACAAAUGCGCUGUUCGUUCCCGCCUUUUAUUUCUUUUAUCCCGAAACAAGCAACUUGCGACUUGAAGAUGUUGAUUACAUCUUUUCUCGCAGCGGGAAUCCGGUGAAAAACGCGCAGCAGAUCGCUGCGGAAUUGAAGCUACAUGGACGUAUCGAUGUCCUUCAAGGCAGUGGCAGUCCGAUAAGCCCCUCACCCCAUUCCUCAGAGGAGAAAGGUGUCCAUGAAGCAAGAAAAGAAAAUUGCUCCAGCUGA